AUGAAGUGGGGCUGGACGAUUUUGGGGGUCCUCCUCACCGUGGGGGCCCUGGUUUCCUGCGAGGACGGCUUGCGGAUCCCCCAGUACGACGGCAAGGACCGUGUUCACGACCUCAGUGCUAAGAACUACAAGUCCAUCAUGAAGAAGUAUGACGUGAUGGUUAUUUACUACCACAAAAACGUGGACGGGGACCGCAACGCCAUCAAGCAGUUCCAGAUCGAGGAGCUGGCUCUGGAGUUGGCAGCCCAGGUUCUGGAUGAUCUGGACGAUGAAGACAUCGGAUUUGGCCUCGUGGAUGAAAAGAAGGACACGGCCGUGGCCAAAAAGCUCGGCUUGGAUGAGGUGGAGAGUGUCUACAUCUUCGCUAACAACGAGAUCAUCGAGUACGACGGCGAGCUGGCCGCCGACACCUUGGUGGAGUUCAUCUAUGAUGUGAUGGAAGAGCCCGUGGAGAUCAUCGACAAUGAACGGGAACUGAAGGGUUUCCACAACAUGGAUGAGGUCAUCAAGCUGGUGGGCUACUUUAAGAGCGAGAAAUCUGCUCAUUUCAUCGAAUUCGACGAUGCCGCUGAGGAGUUUCACCCAUUCAUCAAAUUCUUUGCUACCUUCGACCCAAAGAUCGCCAAGAAACUGAAACUGAAGAUGAACGAGGUGGAGUUCUACGAACCCUUCAUGGAGGAAUCGGUCAGCAUUCCUGGCAAACCGUACACCGAAGCAGAGUUGGUUGAAUACAUCGAGCAGCAUGACAGACCAACUCUGAGGAAGCUGCAACCUCACAGCAUGUACGAGAUCUGGGAGGACGACAUCGACGGCGAGCACAUCGUGGCCUUCGCUGAGGAAGACGACCCAGACGGCUUUGAGUUCCUGGAGAUCCUGAAGGAGGUCGCGCGCGACAACACCGACAACCCCAACUUGAGCAUCAUCUGGAUCGACCCAGACAACUUCCCCCUGCUGGUUCCAUACUGGGAGAAGACCUUCCGCAUCGACCUCUCAUCCCCUCAGAUCGGCGUGGUGGACGUGGAGGAUGCUGACAGCGUUUGGAUGGAAAUGGACGACCACGAUGAAAUGCCCACGGCGGAGGAGCUGGAGCAGUGGAUUGAGGAUGUUCUCUCAGGAAAGAUCGACCCCGACGAUGAUGACGAGGAGGAUGAUGACGAUGAUGACGAUGACGACGAUGAUGAUGACGAUGACGACGACGAAGACGACGACGACGAUGAUGAUGAUGACGACGAUGACGAUGAUGAUGAUGACGACGAUGACGACGAUGAUGAUGACGACGAUGACGACGAAUAG